GACUGAAACAGAGAUCAAAAACUGGGGGUUGCUUUCUACAAGAAACCCUAAAUUAUAAUCUAACUUGUUCCUUCACAAAUUAACCUCGCUGACUUUAUCCCCCUCUCUCGUUUCUGAUUCUCCACAAGGCAGAAACUACCCAUCAUAUCGUUUGUUUCCACUUCCACACUCUGGGCCUGGCAUGCUCUCCUACAGAUUGGUUAAAAUUAUAUUUCCUUGUGAAAACUUGGCAGAAACGAGCAAAGGAUCUUUGACUGAAAAUGGCUUUGGCUUUUACUAAUCUAUCAUGGUGGUUGUGGAGUGGAAAGCAAAAGGAGCCGAGAAUCUCUAAUGGAACUUGUUUAAAUUCUUCCCCUGAAUCGGGUGUGCGGGAAUCUGAUGCGUUAAAGUUUCCUUCGGUUAAAGGAGCCAAUAUUGCCUCAUCAUCUAGAAAGGUGAAGAGGAAAUGGCAUAGUAGGGAAGAACGGAAAAUUGAUAAGGAGUAUGAUGGUGUACUUGUUCCUUCCGAUGGAGAGUGUGUUUCUGGCUCUGAAUCUGACUCGGAUUGGUCAAUUGGAUGGUUGGAGCCUCAUGGACCUGGGUUCCAGAGUGAUGAUGAUGCAGAUGAUAGUUUUGCUGUGCUGGUUCCAUGCUAUGGGCAUGCUGUUCAUGAUAUGGUGGGGAAAUCAAAAAAUAGAGAUCAGAAUACUAUUGGGAGCAUCCCAGAUGAGAGCAGAAAGUUUAUGGAAGAGUGGCUCUCUUCUCUACGCAACAGCUGAUCUGCUAAGUAAAGGGGAAAAGGAUAAUAUCGAAAUUGGCCUAGUUUGUUGGUAGUAUAUCAUCUACUUAUUAGUGUAGAAGAGGACUGGCCAAAGUUAGUCAAAGCUAGUAUAACUUUGAUUAGCAGAUAUGGCAGAUCAUAGAGGACUUGCUUUCUUGCUGUUGCCGUCUUUCUUUGCCCUUCAAAAUUGAUGGUACUGUGUGAAAUAAGUCUACUGAUUAUGACGAAAAGAAAAAAAAAAUUCUGUUUGUGUAAGUUGUUAAAAGAAUGACAAAGAAAAGGGGGAAAAAAAAAGAAGAAGACAAAAUGGUGGAAUAUGUAUGAAUUUCGUUUUGGAUGUAAUUCUUGGAUGUACAUAUGUUAAACGAAUUAGAAGCAGUUUUUAUGCUUCAUCGUGAUAUUGUUGUAAAUAACUCGUCAAUAAUUAAAAAAAGAAAAUUGUAAAUAG